UGGAGGCACGUCACUGCGUUAUGUGUCACACACACACUGGCGUUUAUACUGAUUAAGCAAGUUGAGAACAAGGCGUCAGCCUCGGACGAGUUGGAAGACGAUCAUUUCUUAUUCUGGUAAAGAAGGCUUUAUAGGCAGCACUGAGAAGUCAGAUGUCUGUAUUCCUACACAGAGACACAUCUGUCUCCACUGAAAAGGCUUUCAGCUUACCAAGGAGACUCCAGUCAGCUGACAACUAACGUAUCUGUUCCGGUGACAGUAAAAUUAAAAAGGAGGCUUUAAGGACAUUUAACUUGAGCGGACAAAACUGAGGACAGUGAUGGAGACCAUGGUGUGUCCGAUGGGUGGAGGUGCCACCCGGCUGUACGGCACCCUGACUCAGACUCUCGGCAGCUCUCCUCUCCCCCUCCCUCCGUCCCACCAGCCUGCAGACACAAACCUGGAUCCAGACUUCUGCCAGGGGUCCUCUGGGUGUCCCCCUGAUAGAGUGGAGCUGCUCCGACAGUGUAAGGAGGCCCUCAGCGAUCGACCGUCUCGCUUCCACAGGACGUUCGUUCAUCUCAGUGAUGGAGACAGUGCCCCCAGCAGCCCUAUCAGGGUGAUGCAGUGGAACAUACUCGCCCAAGCUCUGGGUGAAGGACUUGACAGUUUUGUCCAGUGUCCCCUGGAAGCACUGAGCUGGGCCCGAAGGAAGUACCUGAUCUUAGAGGAAGUCCUCACCUACCGGCCUCACAUCCUGUGUCUGCAGGAGGUCGAUCACUACUAUGACACCUUCCAGCCGGUCUUGGCUGGCUUGGGUUACAGCAGCAACUUCUGCCCAAAGCCCUGGUCUCCGUGUCUGGACGUGGAGGGAAACAACGGCCCAGACGGCUGUGCACUGUUCUUCGACCAGUCACGAUUCGAGCUCCUGGACAACAUGAGCUUACGACUCUCUGCUAUGAGGAUUCCAACCAACCAGGUUGCGGUGGUGACGAUGCUGCGUUGUCGCAGUACAGGAAGGUACGUGUGCGUUGCUGUGACCCACCUAAAGGCUCGCUCUGGCUGGGAGUGGCUCCGCAGCGCUCAGGGCUCGGACCUCCUUCGACAGCUCCAGACUCUGGUCCAGAAGCACGGCAGCGGCCCUGCAGACGACCCCACGGCAGACAUUCCUCUGCUUAUAUGUGGAGACUUCAACGCUGUCCCAAACGAAGAGGUGUACCGGCGUUUCACCGCGUCUCCGCUCGGUUUGGAGUCGGCCUAUAAGAAACUCAGCCAGGACGGUUUGACCGAGCCAGAAUACACAACGUGGAAGAUUCGGCCGACGGGGGAAUGUUGCACCACUCUGGACUAUAUAUGGUACAGCCAGGACUCACUGAGAGUGGAUGCGGUUUUGGACAUGCCCACAGAGGAACAGAUUGGGCCGAACAGACUUCCAUCUUUUAGCUAUCCGUCUGACCACCUCUCUCUGGUUUGUGACUUCCACUUUAAGGAGAAGGAGUGAAAGAGUCGUGGUGAACGAGCACAUAGUGAUGACAACACUAAAGAGUCGAUGCCGGCCAGCACAGGUUUACUUCACAUGACGUGACACUAUGUGCGAGCAAAACGGUGAAGAGGCCAAGAGAGAGGCAGCGUGGAGUUUAGUAAAUGUGUCUGAAGACGCAGCAACAAACACGCUCUAUCUCCCCAGUACUCUACACUAGGCCACUGUUGUGUACUUUUGUCUGUACUCAAACCAGUCAGAACUGUACUUGACCGUAGUUGGUGUUGUGUUUCAUAUUGUGAAUGUACCACAGACCGAAAAUAGGGAUUUCUGUUUCUGUCAUCAUCCAUUAGACGUGUGAAUUAAAAUGUUGUUUCGGGAAGAAAUUCUUUUUAACGUGUGCAAGUUUUGAGAGACCAUACUCUGUCUGAAAGGGCAAGAAAUAGAGCAACUAGCCGACCCCAGUCCACUGCCUAAAACAAGGCCAUCCAGCAGAAGCAGUGUGAGGGUUUUGGGUAAUGUUCUGAUGGGAGACGUUGAGUCCCGCCAUUCAUUUGGAUGUUACUUUAACACGUACCACGUGCUAAAGAGUUGUUGCCAAACAUGUACACCCCUUCAUGGAAACCGCAUUCUCUGAUGACUAUGGCCUCCUUCAGCAGGAUAGUGCACCAUGCCACAUAGCAGCAAUGGUACAGGAACUCCACUUACAGGACUUAAAGGAUCUACUGCUAACAUCUUGGUGGCAGACACCACAGCACACAUUCAGAGGUCUAGAGGAGUCGAUGCUUUGAUGGGCCAGGGCUGUUCUGCUGACAAAGGGGAGACCUACUUAAUAUUAGUUUAUAAUGUGGUUGAUCGACGUAAGGUCCACAUGUCUCUAAGACUCUAAGACAUAGUAAAACGAAGUCCUUGACACAAACAUUCACACCAAAGGUCAGCUUUCAAAUGUCUUCCUAUAUUUCAGUAAAAUCUACUUUAAUACACUUUGAAACAAGAGUACAACAAAAUAGAAUAUACUUCAAAUGUUGAAUAUACAAACAGUUCAGUCUGAACACUUCUUCUCCAUCUUCCCUCUUUUUCAGAUUAAAAAACAAAACAAUGAAAUGGUGGGGCCAACAUGGCAGACUUUGAAACAAUAGUUAAAGUGACCUGGGAUCUGCAGCCGUUUUGCUUAAACGUGACAUUUUCUAUACAAUAAAACAACCAUUCCUGUUACAUUCCUAUUUUCAUUCUUUUUUUUGUGGCCGCAUGCAUCUGCUCAGUCAUAUUCAUUUGCGUGUGCACACAGCUGGACUGCAGGCUUGUGAAAAACAAAUCUGUCUGAAAAAAGAAAAGAAAAAAAAAAUCCAGAUCUUUUUAAGAUUGGUGAUUUUUUUUUCCCCUUUAGAGACGAUGAGAAGCAAUCCGGCCUUUGAUAUAACCUUCUGGAGGCAGAGGAACUGAUGAUAAUACAAAUAUGAGUCCUGGAGGUUUCAAUAAUACUGUGCUUGGUACACACACACACACACAC